AUGUUUCAAGACACUGAUAAGUUUUACUAUCAACACUGUCUAGCAUAUCAUGUGAAAAGAGAAGGAGGUUACCAGAUUGCACAAUUGAGGAAUAUGAAUGAACUGAGAGGUGGACUUUUGAUUGAAGGCUUGGAGAACAUCAACAAUAUGGAAGAAGCGAUGAAAGCCAAAUUGAAGAAGAAACAUCAUAUCAAGCACUUACAUUUAAGAUGGACAGAUAAAGUGGAUGGUUGCAAGCAUGAUGUCGGAGAACAAGUGCUCGAAGCCCUCCAACCUCAUCCCAACUUAAAUUAUUUGACCAUUGAAGGGUAUAUGGGUUCCAUAUCGCCCAGCUGGCUUAUGACACUUGCAUUGCAGAAUUUACAAAGCAUAUUCUUAGAUAAAUGCAGGAAUUGGGCACGCCUACCUUCAGCACUUGGGUUGUUACCUUCUCUCAAGAAACUAAUCUUAGUUGACAUUGACAACAUUACAAUUGAAGGUGAUGAUUUCAUGAUUGAGAUGUUUCCUUCCCUGGAACUCCUUGAAUUAAGGAAAGCAAUAGUAUCUUUCGAGGGCAUGUCUUCGUUGUUGUCAUCAUCAUCAUCAUCUCUAACAACGCAAGGGCGCCGCAAGUUGUUUCCUUGUCUUCAGCAACUGAUAGUGGAGGAGUGUGAUGGAGUGAAUGGAUUACCUUGGUCCAUGCUUUCAGCAUUGGGCAAACUCGAAAUAAUUGCUAGUCAUGGGCUUCAAGGUCAAAUGCCAAGAUGCUUUCAAAACCUUAUCUCUCUUUCCGAGUUGUAUAUACAAGAAUUAAAGAUUGAAACCAGUGCUAUUGGGACACAACAGCAGCAAGGCCUCCUACCAAAUCUGAGAAAAAUUGAUAUAGCAUGCUGUGAAAAUAUCUCAUUUAUGCAAGGUUUAUUGCUUGGCGUUCCUUCACUGGAGAAAUUGACUAUUUAUAGGUGUAGUCCAGUAAGUCUUCCGGCACUUGGACACUUGUCCUUCCUUACAGACAUUUCAUUGGAAGAGGUAGAGGUAAGAGUGGAAGAGGAUUUAACACCAGCAUUUCCUUCUUUAUGUACACUGCAUUUGAUGAAAGCAUCAGUGCUUUUCCAGAAUUUGUCAUCAUCAGUUACAACACAAAAUCACAACUGCUUUCCCAAGCUUACCGCCCUUAGAAUUCGGGAGUGUGACCAAGUGAAUGGAUUACAUUGGCCUUUGUUUUCAGCACUACAAUAUCUAUUCUUAAUAAAUAGUCCUGGGGUGGAUCACCAGUUGCCAGGAUGUCUCCAUGGCCUCUCAUCGCUUUUGACAUUGGAUUUGACUGGGGCAAAGAUUAAAGCCCUUUCUGUAGAGGUGAUGGUUACACUGCAUGCACUUCAGUAUUUACAUCUUCAAAAUUGUAAUGAGCUGAUAUCGAUGGACGGUUUACAAGCCCUCCCUUCCCUGAAACAAUUGUUUAUUGUUGCCUGCCCCAAAUUCAGAUCAUGGUGCACGGAGGAGAAAACAGAGCAUGGAAUCUCGCUGCCAAAUCUGCAUCAAAUGUAUAUACAUUCUUGCGAAGGUCUUGAGUCACUGCCUGCUUGGUUGCCUCAUUUUCCUUCCCUCGAGUCAUUGCAUAUUCUUAACUGCCCAAAGUUUCAUUCACUGCCAGAAGGCGGCCUUCCUUCCUCGCUUUUAAAGUUAGACAUCAUAGAAUGUGACCAAGGGUUAAUGGAACGGUGCCUCCAAGAGGGGUCUCUUGAAUGGCUAAUGAUUCAGCAAAUCCCUGGAAGAAAUUAUAUUUAUUGA